UUCCUCUUCUUCAGCUGUAAGCCCAAUUCCCAAUGUAUGCCUGGUUCUCAUUUUCAAACUCUCCGUAUACUUUAAUGUCUAAUGCACAUGAUGAACAUUGCAAUAUGUAUCUUAGUAUUUAUCAUUUAUUUGAUUCUGACAACAUCUACUCACUGGUCCAACCUCAUUAAUUUCCUCCCCAAUUCAUCCGGGGACCAUCCUAAUUUUCUUGUUGUUCCAUUAAUUUUGCAGCUACACAUGAACAAUUUCACACACACGUAAAAAAAAAUGUCUAUAUCUAACUCACCUGCAGAUUCUGCAAUUAGCCUCAAAUAUGGUAUCGCCCUUGCCGUCGGCAUUUUGAUUCUCAUUUCCCUCAUCAUGUUUGCUUCCUACGCUUGUCUUCGUGUCAAAUUAACCGGUGAUUUUACGCCAUCGUCGUCGUCUUCUUCCAAUGGGACUACUAAUAAUAAUUACAACAUCUAUAGCUACUUCCUCGGAUUGGAUCGGCCUGUUAUAGAGUCAUUCCCCAAAGUAGUGUUGGGUGAAAGCAAGAGAUUGCCCAGUCCGAUUAGUGAUGAGAAUACAUGCGCAAUAUGUUUGUGUGAAUAUUGUGCGAAGGAUUCGGUUCGUUGUAUACCGGAAUGUCGUCAUUGUUUUCACGCAGAUUGUGUUGAUAUAUGGUUGCGGAAGAGUGGGACUUGUCCGAUCUGUAGGAGCUCUCCGGCUUCUAUAUCUGCAGGUUCAAUGCCGCAGCCUGUGCCUAAUUAUUAUUCGUUAAAUUUUGUAUAGAAUUAGUUGAAAUAUCUAUCUUUUUUUGUUUUCUUAUUAAUAUAU